AUGCAGCUUCUGUCAUCUCUAUUGCGCCACACGUGUGUUUUUGUUUUGAUUCCUUAGAUUUUCUACCUUCAAUGGAUUUUGCUAAAAAAAUAUUGGGAAAAUAUGGCUGGAAAGAGGGUGAUGGCCUGGGAAAAAAUAACACUGGAAUCGCAGCUCCAUUGAAAGCCAGUUUAAAGUUCGACAAUGCGGGACUGGGAGUGGAUCGUGCCCAGGAAUUCAACGAUCAUUGGUGGGAACGCUGUUUCAACGAGGCCGCCAGCAAUGUGGACGUCCAAGUUCGGCAGGAUGGACAGGUUUGCACCUCCAGAAGGAAAGGGGAGGAUGCGGUGGAGAUCUCCACCAGUGGGUUCUCCGCCAGAAAACUCAAAAAAGCCAAGGAGCAGCACGCCAUCGACGGAAAAACAACCUACGACAAUUUCUUACAAACUUCUUUGCUCACUCAAAGCGGCGGCGAGGUGGAAAAUACCGAACGCAUCAAGGUGGAAGACAUCGAGGUCACCAAGGUGUCUGUACUCACGGACGAGGAACUUUUCAAGGCCUGCGGCGGCAGGACAGCCCACAAGGGAGCUCGUCAUGGACUCAAGUUGAGCGGGAAGAUCGCCAGAUUGGAACAACAAGAGCGUGAAAUGCUGGAAAAGCUUCAAGGGAAACUAAACACGGCUUCUGACCCUAAAAAGAAGAAUAAAAGAGAGUCAGCUGAAGACUUGCCUGUGGAAGAUCAGAAAUGCCGAAAAGAUGACAGUGUGGAGCAGCCCAAAAAGAAGAAAAAAUCCAAAAAAGAAGAGCCGUUAGAGCAGGAAGCAGUUGAACAACCGGAGCAGAGCGUAAAAACCAAGAAAAAGAAGAACAAAGCGGGAAAAUCUGAACAGGAUGUACAAGAUCAAACCCAAGAAGUUAAUGAUGAGGAGCCUCUUAAGAUUAAGAAGAAAAAGAACAGAGCUAAAACCCAUCAAGAAGUGUCAGAGGAAACCGAACAGCCAACACAGGGUGAUGGGCUCGAAGAAACCCAAACUUCAAAAAAGAAACGAAAGACGAAGGAUUCUACCGAGGAACCCGAAGCUCCCUCCAAAAUCAAAAAAAAGAAGAAAAAUAUCAGGGAGGAGGAGCAAUAGCCACAUAGUAUACGCUAGAUAAUGUAACAUAAGUUAUAAAGUAUGUAGUCUGUUUUUCUAGAAGAUUGUUAAUUGGCAGGGAAAAUAAAAUAGACCCCCGGUGAAAUUUUCCUUA